CAGUGCUUGCCUGGUCUGCAGAAGGAAUAGACACUGGGGGAAGCGGGUUCUGACUUUAAUGACAGGUUUAGGCUGCAGUUUUGGAUGGUGCCUGCAGGUAUUUCUUAGCCACCUGCUCCCUGAGGGGGCUGCCCCAGGGAAGCCAUGGCCUGUGGUCCUGCUCAGGCAGGUGGCCAGUAGGCCCUGACUGUCCCUGGGUGGUCUGGGAUCCCUUGGGGUGCCAGUUGGGGUGCCAACAGCCCUCCCGACCUGAGGCUUGCUGGGAGUGUGAGCCAGACCCUCCCCAAAGCACUCAGUGAGGGCAACUGGGCACAAGCCCACCGCUUGGCCCUCCUUGGUCCCUUCCUGCCCCAGCCCUGGGUGGGGCAGUGACCCGCAGUCAGCUGGAGCACAGACCCCACCCUGAGCCGCUGCACUCUUCGCUGAGAGAGGGAACACCAGGCCAGUCUCCGCCACACCAGGGGCUGGAACGUGGCCCCACCCCUCACAAGGCUGGGCCAGCCCCACCACUGCCCCCAGCUCAGAUAUGGGCAGGCACCUGCCCGCCUACCUGCCCCAUACCCAGGGCUCCUCGAGUCCCAGCACCCAAGGGUGGGUGAAGCUCACGCUGGCCUCCGGCCCUCUGCAGCCCUGCCCCCCUCCCCACCUAACAGCCUACUGUGAGGUCAGUGCCUUCCCACAGUUCCGUCAGAGGCGUGUGGUGCGGCCAGGGGCUGGACAUGGCCCCCUGUCCCCAGCCUGUCCCCUGCCUGCUUGGAAGCCCCCUGGGCCUCAUAUGUUUGUCCCUUUUGCUCACCCCCACUGCAGCUGGAACCUACUGCGAGUGCAGCCUUGGCCUCAGCCGUGAGGCUCUGAUUGCCCUGCUCGUGGUGCUGGCAGGGGUCAGUGCCAGCUGCUUCUGCGCCCUGGUCAUCGUGGCAAUUGGCAUCUUGCGAGCCAAAGGUGAAACCUGCCCCGGAAACAUGGACAGCAGGUUGGUGGGGCACUUUGGGGUCCAGGAGGAUCACAUGGACCUGCGUGAGGUGCACGUGGAGUCCCACCUCGUGGACUCCGACCUGGAGGCCUCCAUGAUGCUGCCCCUGGAGGACCACAUCCCCACGGAGGCUUCUCUCGAGGAGCCACCGCCCCCACUGCCACCUGAGGAGGGAUGAGGGUGGCUGGGGGGGAAUUAAACAGUAUUUGGUGGCUGUGGCUGUGUCCCUCGCUGGCUUCCCACAGUCUACCUGAGGCUGCAUCAUGGGAGGUGCGUGGCGCAUAGGGCCUUGAUCAUCAGUGGAGGGAGGGGAGCCCAGGCCCCUGCUGUCCCCUAGCCCCGGGGCAGGGGAACACCCCCCUGGUGUCUCCCCUGCCUCUUGCCACAGCCACUCAGCCCAGCCUCUCCCUGCACUUUCCUGCCAUUUUGUCCCAUGAAGCCGUGAGUGAUCCUGGGCCCCUGCACACCCACCCUCACCUUGGGAAAACCCCAGGACAGGACCUGAAAUUGGCAGCUCCAAAGGGGGUGGCAUCUGACAGGAGGACUGGGGCUGCUGCCCAGUCCUCACUGC